CUUCUCUUCUCACUUCACACACAAUUGCAAUCCAAUUCCAAUUCCAAUUCCGAUUCCUUCUUACAGUCCACUGUCUCUCCUCCUCAAAUUUCUUGCAUCAACAAAUUCGCACAACUAUGAAGAUGAGCACCAGCAACAGCAGCAGCAAGAAGAGGAUCUCGAGCAGAGGUUUGGGAGGACUUCUCAGGGAGCAGAGAGCCAGGCUUUACAUCAUCCGACGGUGCGUAGUCAUGCUGCUCUGUUACCACGAUUGAUUUCUAGACCGACGACGAGGUUGUCGCCUCCGCGUGCUUCGAUCGCCGACGAAGACGACAAACUAUCUCGCUUCUCUAAUCCGCCUUUUUUGUUCUUCGAAUUUGUCGGAACUGUAAAUAUCUCUGAUUAGCCGCCAUAGAUAUAUAUAGAUCUCCACAAUUUUGUACUAUGAUUAUUACCGAGUACAUAUACAAUAGAUUCAUUACAAACUA